AUGUCGUCUUUUUUCACUGUACCCAAUUCUCAGCGCAAGAGGAAGAGAGACGACCGCGCCGGAGCCCCAGGAUCGAAAAAGCGAGGCGUAGAUGCCAAAACCGACGGUGCUCGACGUACCAGAGAGAGAGAAGAAUCAAUCUCAGGCAGUGACUUGGAUGAAGAUGCCGCAAUCGAUACCGCAGAGUCAGGCGACGAAAGUGGAUCGGACUCCGAAGAUGGCGAAACCGCGGCGGAUCGAAGAUUGAAACUCGCUGAACGCUACCUGGGGAACAUCCAAGAAGAAGUUGACGAGGCUGGAUUUGAUGCCGCAGAUAUUGAUCGGGACUUGAUUGCGGAGCGAUUGAAGAAGGACGUCGAUGAAUUCAAAGGACGGACGUUCCGUCAAAUCGCUGCGAAACUAUCCGUUCCCACGGCGCCCCAUUCCUUUUUCCGCUCUGAUACCCAGUCGAGCACUGCCAUUGCAGUCCACCCGCCAUUUGUCUACAUUGUUUCGAAGGAUAAGACUUUGACUAAGUGGGAAUUGGCUACACCCAGUGUACCGGGCUCUACAGAAUCGAACGGCGAUAAUGAUACUUCCAAGCGGCCCCCGCGUCCCCAGCGCAAGAAGCCCAAGCGUGUGAAGUACGCUCGUGGUAUGCGCAAAGUUGGCGAAUCAGGGGAAGAUCAAGGACAUACAGGAAGCAUCAUAUCUGUUGCUGUCUCACCUUCCGGAAAAUUCGUGGCCACCGGUGGAACGGACAAUAAGCUUAUCAUCUGGGACGCUGAGACUUUGACGCCAAGUAAGACAUUCUUGCACCACAGAGACUCGGUUUGCAGCCUGUCCUUUGCACGCCAUAUCUCAACAAUGAGUUCUGGAGAGCAGUUGUUCUCUGGCUCGUACGACCGCACAAUUAAGACAUGGUCCAUCAGCGGAGCAGGCCACGCAUAUGUCGAAACACUCUUCGGCCACCAGGAUCAUGUCACCGGAGUCACUGCCAUGACCAUUGACGAAUGUGUCAGUGUUGGUGCUCGGGAUCGCACCGCCCGCUUGUGGAAGGUUGUCGAUGAAACACAGCUCGUGUUCCGUGGUGGCGCCUCCAGAAAUGCCCCUUACCACGAGAGCAACAUUGACUGCAUUGCCCCCCUUCCACCCACUCACUUCGUCACUGGUUCAGAUUCCGGCUCCCUCUGCCUUUGGUCGGUUCACAAGAAGAAGCCACUCUACACCACGGACGAGGCGACUGCCGCCCACAACACGCGCCACAUGCGUCCCAUGCCUCGUUGGAUUACUGCACUCGCUACUCUACCGGGUACCGACGUUGUCCUCAGUGGCAGCUGGGACGGUUUCAUCCGCGCAUGGCGCGUCUCAGAUGAUAAAAAGACACUUAUCGCCCUGGGUCCCAUCGGUGCAGGCUUACCUAGUACCGUGACACCACCAGACACACCCUCGAAGCAACUCAACCAGACUCUUGCUCUUGAUGCCACCCCUGCGGCUGAACAAAAAGAGCCAGAGCCUUUGAUUAAGGGUGUCAUCAACGAUAUCGCGGUCUUCGAACGACGCCCCGAGUCUGAUAUGCCAGGUGCUGAAUCAAAAAAGUCUGAAACUGAGAACGAACCUCGUGGUUUGUCCAUCAUCGCCGCUGUCGGCAAGGAGCACCGAUUGGCUCGCUGGAAGUGCUUCAACAACAAUUUCCAUGAAGGUCCCACUUCGGGAGGCCGCAAUGGUGCUGUUGUCUUCGAAGUUCCGUUUGCUACUAAUGACACCGUGUGA